CUCCCUUAGCGGUCUUUCCGACAGAAUAUGCCAUCCAAGAUCCAGCUUGACGAGAAUCUCUGGUUUCUAUACAUCUGUCUUCAAAAAUCAGACAUGAAAUCCAUUGACUUCACCGCCGUCGGUGCAGCCACCUCUCUCAAACCACCAGCAGCACGAAUGCGUUACACCCGUCUCCGGCGUCAAAUCGAAUCCGGGACCCUGAUCGGAACACACGGGACACCAUUCUCCUCCCCAGCGAUCCCAGAAGACGAGAAGAAGAUCAAGGGAACUCUCAAAGUCUCCUAUGCCCCUCUUCCCGGUGAUUUUCCCCUUCUAACGAGACCACAGAAACGCAAACGCACAAUCAAAAAAGAACCCAGCAACGAAGAGCCAGAAGAAGACAAGAAAAUAAAAGCAGAGCAGAGUUCCGGGUACGAGAGCGAUAGUUCGGGGAUGGAGACCGAUAGCGAGGAGUCGGAGGACGAGAUGCCGUUGGCGAAGUUGAUUUUCUGUCGCUGGGAAGCGGGUAGAGAUGGUGCCAGAGUUAGAACUUAGAAAUCAGAGAGAGCAGGCUGAGUUG